AUGGGAACAGAUAUCCAGACACCCCUUCUUCGCAGCUCAACCACUUCACAGACACCGAAGCGCAGACCCACAUAUCUAGUUAUGGCCAUUCGUGCCGCUGCUCUUAUUGCAGCCGUUACUCUUGGCUAUGGCGUAUCGUGCACCGCUGCAUCGUCACCACCAGACCCUGAACCGAUACAUAUCGUUGAACUCCCCUUGCCACCUGUUGCGCCCAGUGACAAGCCAGGAUCCUGCACGCCUGAGCUCAAUCCAAAUGGGACAGGGUGUAUUGCCGUCGAAUCUAACCUCCAAGGUGGAGGCUUCCUGCCGGAUGGAAACCAUGUCCUCGCAACAGUCAACUUCACAGGCGCCGCUGCCAGCCCGGAUCCUUCCAGUAUAUACGCCGGAAUGCAAUUAAUCAUAGUCCGCACGAACGGGACUACCUUUCCCAACGGCGAUCCCUGGAAAUGCAUCACCUGCGGCACCCCGGACGACCAUAACCAAGGCAAUGAGGAGUUGGCGGAAUACCCUCAAUCCUUCAAAGACGGUCGGCGUGCCAUAGCUGGGAAGAGUAUCGUUGACUGCGGUAAGGCCCAGCUUGCAAGUCCACAGUGUACCCCUGACAAGGUCCACGUUUACCCGAUCUGGUGGGAAGGGGGAACUAUUCGCGAACUUCGACUGCAUCCUGAUAAUGUACACCUGGGGUUUAACUCCUUCACGCAGGAAAACGGUGCGCUGGGCCAGUUUGGGUACUUUGGGAGACUGCGAUUUAACCCUUCUCCCACCACCGGGAAGCCACUUACUGCUCGUUACGAGGUCGUCAACGUCACUCGCCUGUUUGAUCCUGAUGCCCCGCAGCCUUUCACAAUCAAUGGCAGUGAGAUCAAGCUAAAUCACAGCGCAGUCUCCGUUGGAGAGCUCCGUGGAUUCUCGGGCAGUGGGAAGGAGGUGACCUAUAUAGGAUAUCAAGCAGAGUCAUCCAACUGGGACAUAUUCGCUGCAGACCUUACCACUGGCAAUGUUCGCCGAAUUACUCAACACCCUGAGUAUGUUGACCCGGUCGAUAUCUCGCCUGACGACAAAUGGACCGUUGUCCUCGACACCCGAGGCACAGACAGGCAGAUGUGGCUCUCAGGCAUGCGCGACAUCCCCCCGAUCACAGACCUCAUCACGUCGGACAUCACCUCCGCCACACGAAACAACAGACAGCGCCGGUUCUUCCAGCCCUGGCUGAUCGACCAUGAUGGCGACCGUGGCUCUUACUUUGGACAAAAGAUCAACGCCGCUGGAGAUGGCACGGACGGGGCAAUCAACGAUCCGAACUGGAAUGCCCGAGCGGACCCGCGAUGGUCACCUGAUGGCACUCAGAUCAUGUACUACCAGGCUCUUGUCCAGGCACCAUCAUGCGGGGGGAUGAAUCCCCUGCCUUGCCCGGUGUCAACGGCCCCAGGUGGACGGGUAAACAGGCUGAUGCUCGCCACUCUCACGGAUCGUACCCCGUUACCUCCACAGCCUGUUGCAUCCGUCCCGGAAUUUAUCCCCUGGGGUGUCCCGUAUAAUCCGGAAGACUCUGCCCCAAAAAGAUAUGCGGUGUCUCCGGGUGCAUACGCAUUAAACGGCAAAGUAUCAGGCAUCGCAAAGGUCAAGAUCACCGGAAACAACAACAUAAUCAGCGGCGUUGCGGUAAAGUACACCAACUUCUCCAACGACGGAGUCAACACUCUAGUCGGCACAGAGAAUGUCACCGUCUCGCGUACAUCCAUAUCGGCUGCGCGUGCAGACUGGUAUUCCGAUCUAACUUCGACCGGCGAUGUGAAAGCCUCGAGACGAACUGGACCAGGCGGAUUCCAUCUUGAAAUCGACUCCAUGACAAACAUAUUCAAUGCCAACGGUACCAUGACGACGGCGAUUGAUGGGGUUGUCUACAAGCAGCCUGCGAAUGGGACUUGA